UAUUUUAUUUUUGCGUGUGUAUGUGUGAUGUUAACUUUGAUCACUUGGUGAGUUGAUGUCUGCCAGGUUUCUCCACUGAAAUAUUACUAUUUUCCCCUUUAUAGUAAAUAAGUUAUUUGUGGGGAGAUAUUUUGAGGCUGUGUAAACAGCUUAUCUCAUCAAACUUUGAUCCAUUUUAGUUUUAGUAUCAGUGAUAGUUUCUUACCUAAAUCGGUUGCUCUGAUAGAUGGAAAAUGGUAAUUUCUUCAUCCUUUUAUUUCUUCUAUAUUUUUUAGUUGGCUUUAUACUUUGAGGAAGACCCGUCCCUUUCCUGUGUCAGUUUGAAGUCAGGAUUCUUAUUCUAUGCAAUAAGUUAUCUGUUAAUGUUUCAUAUUUGGUCAGUGGAAGCCCCUUUCAGACCACCUUCUGUGUCCUUUUGACAUGUCCCAGGCUUUUUAUGAGCACCUCUUACAUUCUGUUACAAGAUGUUCUAAGUUUAUCUUGUCCUUUUCCUGCUCUAACAAUGGAAUCCAUCUUUCUAAAGAGAUCUGGUUCCUUUGGUGAGGAAUUGUUGAUACACAUACCUCCUUUUUUGCCCAUCUGCCCACAGCUUCAUUCACAAACAUCAGCCACUGGGCAAUAGCCUCCUUAUCUUGAUUUGUAUUUUUUGGUGGUAGCAAAAAUACUGAUAUGUCAUUAACUCAUAGCCACUAACAGCAUAUCCUUUCAGAAUACUGUGCAAAGAAAUUUAUGGAAAGUAAAAUAUGUAGGUUUUUCAAGUUAAGAGUACGCUUGCUUUUUAGGGGAAAGAUAGUCAAGUGAAGUUUUGAAAAUAAUCACAUAUCUUUGUGACAUGUAUCUUUGUGACACUAAAAUUACAAGCAAAAAUCAUUUCUUUGAUUUCAAGUGAUUAGUUCAGGAGUUGAAGUCAGUGAUAUAUUCAGUAUCUUUAAUACCCUGAACCUAUUUUUAAUGAUAUUUAGGCAUUGAGAUAGUGUUUAUGUACAAUAAAAUUCAUCCAAAGAGUACAAUUAGAUGAAUUUUGGUAAAUGUAUACAGUUGUCUAACCAGCAUAGUGAGAGACACAGGCCAUUUCCCUCACCCUAAGAAGUUUGUAUGUGCCCUUUAUAGUCAGUCUGCUUCCCAGACUCCCAGACCCGCACAAUCAUGAGUUUUACCUUUUCUAGAAUUUUAUAUAAUAGGAAUCAUAAAAUACAUAGUUUUUUUAUGUUUGACUUCUUUUUGUUAGCAUAAUUUUUUGGGAUUUAUUUUUGUUUUUGUAUAUAAGCUUUUGUUCCUUUUUAUUGCUGAGUAGUUCUCCAUAGCAUGGAUAUGCUACAGUUUAUCAUUAAACUUUUUAAAUGGACUUUUGAGUUGUUUCCAGAUGUUGAUUAUUAUGACUUAAUUGUGUACAUCUUUUUGUGGACAUAUUGUUUCAUUUCUUUGGGAUCAAUACCUAGAGUUGGAAUUACUGAGUGGUAUUGUAAGUAUAUGUUUAAUGUUAUAUUAUGAUACGGUUUACCAAAGUGACUGAACCAUUUUGUGUUUCCAUCAGCAGUGUAUGAGACUUCCAGGGUUCCUCAUCUUGCCAACAUUGGUAUCAUCAGUCUUUUUAACAUAAGCCAUUCUGGUGGGUGUGUGUAGUGGUAUCUCAUUUUGAUUUUAAUUUUUAUUUCCCUGAUAACUGGUGAGGUUGAGCAUCCUGUCCGUCUGUAUAUUUUAUGUGAUGCAUUUGUUUGAAUCUUUUACCAAUUUUAAAAAACAUUAUUAUAAGUUAUAAUAAUUCUUUAUAUAUUUUGCAUAAACCCUUUGGUCAGGUAUGUUAUACAAAUAUUUUCUCUGAGUCUUGUCUUUUUCUUUGAGUCAUUUGAAAAGCAGUUUUUUUAAUCUCAUGAAGUUUAUCAAUCUUUUUCUCUUCAAAUUUAUGUUUUUUAAUGUCCUGUUCAAAAAAAUCUUUGCCUAUGUCAAAUGCAAAAGAAAAUCUCAUGUUUUCUUCUAAAAGUUUAGUAGUAACUGUUAUAUUUUGAUCUCUGAUCCAUUUCUAUUUAAUUUUUCUAUAUGGUGUGAGGUAGGAGUUGAGGUUUUAUAUUCCAAAAGAAAAUCCAUUUGUUCUAGCACCAUUUGUUGAAAAGACUGUCUUUUGCCACAUUGAAUUACCUUGACAUCUUUGUUUAGUCAUUUGACCAUAUACAUGUUGGUAUAUUUCUGGACCCUACAGACAUACCUUAGAGAUAAUGUGGAUUGGGUUCCAGACCAUCAUAAUAAAGCGAAUGUCACAAUAAAGCAAGUCACGUGAUUUUUUUGGUUUCCCAGUGCAUAUAAAAGUUAUGUUUAUAUUGUAGUCUGUUAAGUGUGCAAUAGCAUUAUAUAUAAAGAAACAAUGUAUAUAACUUAAGAAAUGCUUUAUUGUUGAAAAUUGCUAACAAUUAUGUGAGCCUUCAGUGAAUUGGAAUCUUUUUGCUGGUGAAAGGUCCUGUCUUGAUGUUGACUGCUGCCAACUGAUCAAGUUGGUGUUUGCUGAAAGUUGGGGUGGCUGUGGCAAUUUCUUGAAAGAAGACAACGAUGAAGUUUGCUGCAUGGAUUAACUUCUUUUCAGGAAAGAUUUCUCUGUAGCAUAUGAGGCUGUUUGCAUUUUACCCGCAGUAGAACUUCUUUCAAAAUUGGAGCCAAUUCUCUCAAACCCCAUUGCUGCUGUGUCAACUAAGUUUGCUUAAUAUUCUAUAUCCUUUGUUGUUAUUUCAACAAUGUUGACAGCAUCUUCACUUAGAUUCCAUCGGACACUUAGUCGGUCUGGAUGAACCAGCUUCGGGAGCUGGGCAAGAAGCUCUGCUUAAACAAGAGCAAGCAAAAAUCAUUCGAUUCGAGAGACAAGCAGAAGAAUUCCUCAAUGCAGUCUUUUAUAGAAAAGACAGUCCCUGGGUCUCCGACCCCAAUAUUCCCCUAGUGGCCCGUGAGAUCAUGCAGCGAAUGAUCCAACAAUUUGCUGCUGAAUAUACCUCAAAAAAUAGCUCUACUCAGGACCCCAGCCAGCCCAAUAGCACAAAGAACCAAAGCCUGCCGAAAGCAUCUCCAGUCACCACCUCUCCCACGGCUGCAACUACUCAGAACCCUGUGCUCAGCAAACUUCUCAUGGCUGACCAAGACUCACCUCUGGACCUUACUGUCAGAAAGUCUCAGUCAGAACCUAGCGAACAAGACGGUGUACUUGAUCUGUCCACUAAGAAAAGUCCAUGUGCUGGCAGCACUUCCCUGAGCCACUCUCCAGGCUGCUCCAGUACUCAAGGGAACGGUGAGAACUCAACAGAGGCAAAAGCAGUAGAUUCUAACAAUCAGUCGAAGUCCCCACUGGAGAAAUUUAUGGUCAAACUGUGUACUCAUCAUCAAAAGCAAUUCAUUCGUGUUCUGAACGACCUGUACACUGAAUCUCAACCAGGCACUGAGGACCUGCAGCGUUCUGAUUCUGGAGCAAUGGAUGUAUCCACUUGCAAUGCUGGCUGUGCCCAGCUCAGCACCAAACAUAAGGAAAAAGAUGCUCUGUGUCUCAAUAUGAAGUCUUCUGCUUCUGUAGAUUUGUUCGUAGACUCGUCAGACUCUCACAGCCCUCUACACUUGACGGAACAGACCCCGAAGGAGCCUCUUCCUGAGAUAAACCCUGUAGAUGGAAGAGAGAAUGCCUUGACUGUUGUCCAGAAAGAUUCCUCUGAACUUCCAACCACUAAACCGAAUUCUAUUAAUAGCAGUUCAGUGGAUAGUUUCACUCCGGGAUACCUCACUGCAUCUAAUUGUUCCUCAGUGAACUUCCACCACAUCCCUAAAAGCUUGGAGGGGCAAACCACUGGACAAGAGCAAGACACAAAUGUGAACAUAUGUGAGGAUGGUAAAGACCAUAUGCAGAGUUCAGCUUUAGUAGAAAGUCUAAUUACAGUAAAAAUGGCAGCUGAGAAUAGUGAGGAGGGCAAUACCUGUAUUAUUCCUCAAAGAAAUUCGUUCAAAGCUUUAUCAGAAGAGGCUUGGAACUCAGGGUUUAUGGGGAACUCAUCUAGAACUGCUGACAAAGAGAAUACUUUACAGUGUCCAAAAACACCUUUGCGCCAGGAUUUAGAGGCAAAUGAACAAGAUGCAAGGCCAAAGCAAGAGAACCAUCUUCACUCUCUGGGAAGAAAUAAGGUGGGUUACCAUUUACAUCCCAGUGAUAAGGGCCAGUUUGAUCAUUCCAAAGAUGGUUGGUUAGGCCCCGGCCCUAUGCCAGCUGUACACAAAGCAGCAAAUGGACACUCAAGAAGCAAGAUGAUAUCAACCUCCAUUAAGACAGCUCGGAAAAGUAAAAGGGCAUCAGGGCUGAGGAUAAAUGAUUAUGAUAACCAGUGUGAUGUUGUUUAUAUCAGUCAACCAAUAACAGAAUGCCACUUUGAGAAUCAAAAAUCAAUAUUAUCUUCUCGGAAAACAGCCAGAAAGAGUACUCGAGGAUACUUUUUCAAUGGUGACUGUUGUGAGCUGCCAACUGUUCGUACACUGGCCAGAAAUUUACACUCCCAGGAAAAAGCAAGCUGCUCAGCAUUGGCAUCAGAGGCAGUUUUCACUCCUAAGCAGACCCUUACAAUUCCAGCCCCUAGACAUACAGUAGAUGUGCAGCUUCCCAGAGAAGACAACCCUGAAGAACCUAGCAAGGAAAUAACCUGUCACAAGGAAGGAGGUGGAGACGUUUCACCUGGAAAAGAACCUCAAGAGCCUGAGGUUUGCCCCACAAAGAUUAAGCCGAAUCUGAGCACCUCCCCUAGGUCAGAGGAAACGACAGCCUCCAGCCUGGUGUGGCCUCUCCCUGCUCACCUUCCUGAAGAGGACCUGCCAGAAGGUGGCUCCACAGUCUCAGCUCCCACAGCAAGUGGGAUGUCUUCUCCUGAACACGACCAACCACCACUUGCACUGUCAGAUACGGAGGAGAAGAGUGUACCCCAGGACUGUCACCUGCUUCCCUCCACUGAAAGCUUUUCCGGGGGAGGCAGUGAAGAUGUCAUUUCUAGGCCUCAUUCUCCUCCUGAAACAGUCAGUAGAGAAGAAAGUCCUCAGUGCUCAGAAAAUCAGAGUUCCCCAAUGGGCUUGGAGCCCCCCAUGAGUCUGGGAAAGGCUGAGGACAACCAAUGCAUCAGUGCUGAGGUUGAGUCUGGAGACACCCAGGAGCUAAAUGUCGACCCACUCUUGAAGGAAAGCAGCACUUUUACUGAUGAAAACCCCAGUGAAACUGAGGAAAGUGAGGCAGCAGGUGGUACAGGAAAAUUAGAGGGAGAGGAUGAUGAUGUAAAAUGCCUGUCAGAAAAAGACACGUGUGAUACAAGCAUUGACUCACUCGAAGAGAAUUUGGAGAAGAAGAAAAAAGGUAAAAAAUUCCCUGAGGCCUCUGAUAGGUGCCUAAGAAGUCAACUUUCGGAUUCUUCCUCUGCUGACAGAUGCCUAAGAAAUCAGAGUUCAGAUUCUUCCUCAGCUUGUCUUGAAAUCAAAGUUCCUAAAAAUCCUAGUGCAAAACGUUCAAAAAAAGAAGGGCACCCUGGUGGGACAACACCUAAGGGCCUUCCACCUGACAGUUUCCACACAGAAACUCUGGAGGACACAGAAAAGCCAAGUGUCAGUGAACGCCCCUCCGAGAAAGUUGCUGAGCAGGAGGGCGAAGGGGAUCAUCACCAGGGGAUCAUCACCAGGCAGACUUUGAAAAACAUGCUGGACAAAGAAGUCAAGGAGUUAGGAGGAGAGAUUUUCCCCAGCAGGGACCCCAUAACCGCAGCUGGACAGCCACUGCCUGGAGAGAGAUUGGAAAUCUAUGUUCAGUCUAAAAUGGAUGAGAAGAACGCUCAUAUCCCCUCAGAAAGUAUUGCUUGUAAGAGGGACCCAGAACAGGCAAAAGAAGAGCCAGGGCAUAUUCCCACACAGCAUGUGGAGGAAGCUGUGAAUGAGGCAGACAACGAAAACACCCAGCAAAAAGAUGAUGACAGUGAUGCCCCAUGCAGCUCUCUUGGGUUGUCGAGUAGUGGAAGUGGUGAUGCUGCUAUGCCACCAAAAUCGGUUCCAAGGCCUAAAAGAUUGACCUCUUCAACCUACAACCUAAGACACGCUCAUUCUCUGGGCUCCUUGGAUGCUUCAAAAGUGACUUCAGAAAAGGAAGCUGCACAAGUAAACCCCAUAAUGCCAAAGGAAAAUGGAGCUUCAGAGAGUGGAGACCCCCUAGAUGAGGACGAUGUUGACACCAUGGUAGAUGAACAGCCAAAGUUUAUGGAAUGGUGUGCUGAGGAGGAGAACCAAGAGCUCAUUGCCAACUUCAAUGCCCAGUACAUGAAAGUUCAGAAGGGCUGGAUCCAGUUGGAGAAAGAAGGACAGCCAACACCAAGAGCAAGGAACAAAUCAGAUAAACUGAAAGAGAUUUGGAAAAGCAAGAAAAGGUCACGGAAAUGUAGGAGUUCAUUGGAGGGUCAGAAGUUUUCUCCUGUUCAGAUGCUCUUUAUGACAAACUUUAAAUUAUCUAAUGUUUGUAAAUGGUUCUUAGAGACAACGGAAACCCGGUCUCUAGUCAUUGUGAAGAAGCUCAAUACUCGCCUUCCAGGAGACGUUCCCCCUGUCAAGCAUCCUCUUCAGAAAUAUGCUCCUUCCAGCCUAUAUCCCAGUUCACUACAGGCUGAGCGCUUGAAAAAGCACUUGAAGAAAUUUCCUGGAGCUACCCCUGCUAAGAAUAAUUGGAAAAUGCAGAAGCUCUGGGCUAAAUUUCGAGAGAAUCCUGAUCAAGUGGAGCCAGAAGAUGGCAGUGAUGUCAGCCCCAGCCCUAAUUCUGAAGACAGCAUAGAGGAAGUCAAGGAAGAUAGAAACAGCCAUCCUCCAGCAAACCUGCCCACUCCAGCCAGUACCCGGAUUCUUAGAAAAUAUUCCAAUAUUCGAGGAAAGCUCAGAGCCCAGCAACGUUUAAUCAAGAAUGAGAAAAUGGAAUGCCCAGAUGCUCUGGCUGUGGAAAGUAAGCCAAGUCGUAAGAGCGUAUGCAUCAACCCUCUGAUGUCCCCCAAGCUUGCCCUGCAAGUGGAUGCAGAUGGCUUUCCUGUUAAGCCCAAGAGUACUGAAGGAAUGAAGGGAAGGAAAGGGAAGCAGGUGUCUGAAAUCUUGCCUAAAGCAGAAGUUCAGAGUAAACGCAAGAGAACAGAAGGCAGCAGCCCUCCAGAUAGUAAGAACAAGGGGCCUGCGGUGAAAGCCAGCAAAGAAAAGCAUGCUGAUGGAGCCACCAAAACCCCUGCUGCCAAGAGGCCAGCUGCAAGGGACAGAAGCAGCCAACCCCCCAAAAAGAUGUCUUUGAAAGAGAAUAAAGUGAAGAUCCCUAAAAAGUCCACUGGGAAGAGCUGCCCUCCCUCCAGGAAAGAAAAAGAGAAUACACACAAAAGGCCUUCCCAGUCUAUUGCCUCGGAAACACUGACGAAACCUGCAAAACAGAAGGGUGCCGGUGAAUCCUCUUCAAGGCCUCAGAAAGCCACGAACAGGAAGCAGAGUAGUGGAAAGACUCGGGCCAGACCCUCAACGAAAACCCCAGAGAGCAGUGCAGCUCAGAGAAAGCGAAAGCUGAAGGCAAAACUGGACUCUUCGCACAGCAAACGGAGGCGGCUGGAUGCAAAGUGAUUGGAAAGAUGGUAGCCAAGAGUAAAACUGUUCUAUAGAAGUAACCUUUUAUUUUGCAUUAACUAAAUCUGCUUUUAUAAGCUUAUCAAGCCUUUCAAAUUUACAGUUAAUGGAGAACACCGUAAUUUGAGAUGUCAGAAAAUGCAUCUCAGAUGGAGAAGGGAACUUGCAGAGUCCUUCUCUGAGGCUAAGGGAAGUUAUAUAUUAUAUUCUGGUUGUUCCUUGGGUUUUAAACUUGGAACCAAGCAGUUUUCGUUUUUAAAAGUACAGUGCCUUAUUUAUCCUUUUUGUUUUUAAAAUUUACAAAAGCUAAAAAGCUGAUCUAUGUGAUUAAAGGCUUGUAUUUUAUACUUGAUGCACAAGCACUUGUACUGUAGCCGAGAAGACCACCAUCAUGCACAUAAAAGGAGCUUUUCAGCAGCCACCCUGCAGCAUCUGCCCACGAACAGAUGCACCUCUUUGCAAACCCCAGCAGUGAACUUCCCUCUCUGUCUUGUUUGUUUGUUUAGAUGAUGUUUGAAAGCUAAACCAAAUCAUUUUAUGGUAUGCAGAGGAUUUAUAAUUAUAAAAGAUUACUAUUUCUGUUACCCCCUUUUUAAAAAGAUAAUGUUCAUUGUUGGUCCCUCCUCUCACCUUUAAUGUUUUGUCAUUUGAGAGCAUGUAUUCUAAAUUAUGUGCCCAUGGGACAAGAGAUAUGUCACAAGUGUUAAUUUUUGUUUACAACCUCUAAAAAAUCAUUUGCAUCCCCAAACUGUAUUACUAGUUCUCACCAUCUUCUUCAUUUCUGGUUUUGCUAGCACUCCUGCAAGGCUUCCAUCCUACUUUGGGAGGAAAAAGCCUAGGAUUUUUUUUUUCCAUCUUGUAGCUGUAAUUCGAUGAUUAGGAUGAAAAUGACUCUUAUUUUCUUUCUUACCCAGAGUACUUCCAUAUUCAAAGAAAGCCGAACUAUUAUUUCCAGUAAUAGGUUUAAGAAUGUGUAUGUCCAUGUGUGUUUGGGUGCAUUUGGACGUGGUUAUCAGCCACAAAUGUCUCCCAAUCCCAAUUUUACAGUAAAAUUUUUUCUUCCCCAUGCAGUGUGCUUGGGUGUCCCUGAGUUGAGUAAUUAGCAAAGGACAGGUGGUUUAAAAGUAGCCCAGGGUCUCUGUGAGCAUUCCCAAUACCACUUUGGUACCAGACUCAGAAAGAUCUAAAACAGCACGGAGUUAUGUAAAGGUUAGAGCAGCCUUGCAGUUAGAGGAAGCAGCUCCAACAUCUGUGAAGAGCCCACACACCCCCUACACCCAGAGCUGAUGUUCAGCUGUAUGCUCCAAUGUGAAUGUACUUGUUGAAGUAGAUAUUCAUUCUGAUUGAUUAACACCAUCCUAGUAGUUAAAUGCUUGUAGUAUCACUCCUGCCAUGUCAUGUCUGGCUGUAUUCCGUGUCUCAGAAGUGAGAGCCACAAUAUUUUAAUGACUUCGUUUGCCUUUCCCAGGUGAAGCCUGAGACGGGCGCAUUGGCUUCAACCUAGUGCCUAUGACCUUUCUCCAUUAUUAUAGCGCAGCGUGUACUUGAUUUUUCCAUUGGGCCACUCUACAAAAAAAGGCUUGGUUGCUGAAGCCUCAGUCAGCUUCCUUAACCGGUUCUGUCACCAAAAUCGGCUUGUAUGGACAGCUGCUGCCCUGUCCUUUUUAUUUAAAAAUUUUCCAUUUAGGUUGUUUCAGAUCUCUUUAGAUAAGCCCAGAUGGACUUUUUUCAUGCAAAUCAUGAUAAUACAGGCCUUCUACCCAUUCUGUUAAAGGUUUGCUCUAUAUCAUGGGAACUUCUGAUGAUUGGAUAAGACUGGAGAAAAGUAUUUGAUUUGUGAGAAAUUUAGAAUUGUGUUGAAUUUCAUAGCUAGAGAAGCUUGCUAUCUUAUGAAGCCCUGAUUUUUUUUCAUGUCUUCUCUAUCUAAUGAGUCUUUUUUUUUUUUUUUUUCUUUUUAGUAUCUUUGACUUUGGCCAUUCAAGAGCUACCUACAUUAAUAAAACUGCUGAGUGUGUAUGUUGGCAACCCUUUCUCAGCAUUAAGUUGCACAGAGGCAUUAAUGUGUUUUGAAUAGGUUCAUUUAAUCUUAAAAGAUGGUUUUAAGGUUUUAAAAAUAUCUUUUCAUAUAGUUGUCACUGGAUAUUGUGUUUGUGGUGACUUAAACAGCUGAUGUUUGCCAAUGUCAGGCAUGCUGAUUCCUGUACAGAAGAGGUGCCCCCUUGGCUGCAUACAGACUACCUUGUAAGGUGCUUGGAUUAGGUUAGGGAGAGGUGUAAGGUAGUAAGUGGGUGGAACUUUUCCGGUUCCAAGUUUGUAAUUCAUUCCAUUCCUUUUCUAAGUUCUUUUUCAUUUUUAAAAGCUCACUUAAAAAUAAUAGCCUUCUUUCCCAUUCUAGGCUGUGUGUGAGAAAAGGUGUUAAUGUGUAUGUAUGUAUUUUAUAUACCUAACAAUGCAAUGGAUCAUCUUUAAAAUCAACUUAUACUUUAUAAUAAGGACAUUUAAAUAGACCAAGAGUCUACAUAAUUAUGACACUUAAAAGCUUAGAAUUUUUUAUAUUUGUUGAAUCUCAUUUUUGCUGAUUCAGUUAAUUUUGUUAAUAGAAGAAAGAAAACAGCAAAACUUGAGGGCCAAUCCUGCAAGGCCCUUUGUUGCCUACAGCAGGUACUGGCAAAGCAGUUUCCCAGACACCACCUCCAAGCUCAGGUGUGGUAUUGACUCAAGUCUGUUAUUGUUUUCCCUACCUUGCAAAAACCUUCUUCCCAGAGCCAUCUUCAAGAAUGGCUUACCACCAGAUGCAAAAGCAGUCCAUCCCACAUUCCGAUUCCAAAUCAGAAAGGAAUUCUCCUGGGUGUACACUCGGUGAAAUGACUGUCCCGGUCUUGGGGCUGAAGUUGAUGACCAAAGGACACUGGUAUUCUCUGAGUUUCUGGAGAAGCUGGAAGAUGCCUGGGAAGCAAUCACUGAAGCUCUACCAUAGCUCCCCUAGAGGAGGGCCCUCUUCAGGACACCCAUCUUCUAUCCCACGAGACUCCCUGCUAUAGAUGGACAUGCAGGAGACCACUCCCUCACUUGGGGUCCUGAGCCUCACCCCUAGCACUUCCUCAGACAGGUAACAAUCUUGCAGCACAGCAGGAAGAUUGCGAACCUUUGUUCUGCUCCUGAGGCUUCCUUCAUAGGAAUGCUAUUAGUGUCUGUAAGUCACCAGUCACUAGCCCCUUGGAUUCCUUGUUAAAGACUUCUGUGCAGCCUUAUCUAAAACGAUAAUCUUAAGCUGUGAGUCUCCUGCUGUAUUGUUCCUAAAAUCGUAUGGAUAGAAGAGGUGCCCUUAGUCAUCCCUUUACGUAUGUGGUGCUUUCUAAUGGGAUCUCUAUGCAUCACAUACUAUGCAGGCGAAUUUCUCACUGUUCAGAUAGCUCAUCAGUAAAAGGCAUCACUUCAAGAUAAUUACUUUGAAUUUAGGUUUGGCCUCUUUUCCUGCUUUGUAAUGGAUUCGGUCGUGAGGGUGGGAGCUGUCAUUCACAUUUAUGGGCAGCAUUCCUGUUGAUUAGUGGACCUAAGAGCCAAGUAGGAAAAUAUAGCAUGCUAUGUGAUACAAGCUGGAGAUGCUGUAGUGUUACUGUCAGCAAGUUCUGUGCAGGCUGCCUUUCGGAUUCCAGAUGAUCUGUCAAGGGUCUGCCAACUGUGGGCUGGUCGCUUGUUUGUGUAAAUAAAAUGUGUUUGGAAUAUAGCCACACCCAUUUUCUUAAGUACUGUCUGCAGCUGCUUUCGCAGAGUUGAGUAGCUGCGGCAGAGACCCGUGUGACCCUUACAGCCUAAGAUACUAUCUGGACCUUCAGAAAACAUCUGCUGAUCCCUGCUUGAGAAAGUCAUCCUUUUCAGGAACAAAUAUUCUUGAUUUUCCUUCUCUCUUCUGCCCUUUUCUCUCUGUUCUUCAUUUCCCAUUUUCCUUGUCUCAAUUUUGUUUUCAAAGGAGACAUGUUAUAUUGAUAUGCACUACUAUCCCCUUAAACUUGAGCAACCUUAGCAUUCCAUCUUAAAAAAACCCAUCACAGUAGCCAAAAUGAGGCCACCUUACCCUAUCGAGCUGGAACCCAUAAGCAAAUAGGGAUUCAGAGUUCUAAAAUUAUGUGGCUUGGGCCUCUCAUUUCAUUCACACAGAACUGACUCUGGCUUUAUUUCUUGUUUAUUAAAGUAAGCCAAGAUUUUGUUUCUGGUAAAAUUAGUUGAGACUACUUUAGUUGGACUUUUAGUCCUCUGAAUGUCACAUUUAGAUAUGGAAAAUGUUUUUUCACAAAGUAGAAACAAAGUCUGAUCACAAACCCAAAACAUUGUUUAUUCUUAUAUAAUAUUUUGGCACUGAUACCUUUUCAGCCACAUACUUUCAAAAUAGUUUUAUUAAAGGUAAGCCAACAAAUAAAACAUAGAGGCUUUUGAAGUGCUUUAAUAAUGAUUUUAAAAAUUGGAGUUAUAACCAGAGUAUGACUGAAAAGCUAUUAUAGUCUUCCUCCUUUUCCAAAAACUCAAGGAUAAGGAUAUAUAUAUAUUUUUUUUUUUUUUUUUAGUAGAGACGAGGUUACGCUAUGUUGCCGAGGCUGAUCUCAAACUCCUGGCCUCAAGCAGUGCUCCCGCCUCAGCCUCCCAAAGUGCUGGGAUUACAAGUGAGCCACCGCACCAACACAAGUAUGAGUUUCUAUGCUGUUUUUUUUCUUUUAAUGUGAUUCAAUGUCCUGUCAGUGAAAAAUUUUUGUCAGUGGCCCCAAAUCGCUGAUCGUUUUAGUUGUUUUGAAACAAUUAUCAUUUUGAAUUCUUAGUAUUACUUUGAUGUCUUAUUAUGACUUGAUAUCCACUGAAAUACUGGAAUUUUUUUUAAGUAUAAAAUCAAUUUGUGUAAGGCAGUCUUCAUAUCCUAGCAGUAAGUGCUGUUCCCCAUGUUUGCUCUCAAAUCCUUUUCAGGGGAAAAAUAAAAAGAUUACUGUAUUUAAAACAAGCAGAUUUGUGGGAGGGCCUCCCCCACCCCCCUCAACCACCCCCCUCAACCACCAGACAGGAUCUCACUGUCGCCCCAGGCUGGAGUACAAUGGGCAUAUGGUCUUAUCUAUUAGGAUAUGUAGUUUAAAAGUGCAGUUUUUUAGAAGUAUAGUCGUCUUCAUUUUUAUGACGCCCACUGCAGGCUCAAAGAGAUUUUCACACCUCAGCCUCCUGAGUAGCUGGGACUACAGGUGCAUGCCACCACACCCAGUUAAUUUUUUUUUUUUUUUUUUUUUUCAGUUUUAGCAGAAAUGAGGUCUCGCUGUGUUGCCCAGACUGGGAAGUCUUUUGAGGCAGCCUUCAAUAUAAUUCAUCCUUUGAAACAUCAGAACAGAAUCCUAUAUUCUACAGUGGAUGGAUUGGAAGACUUGAGGGUCCAUUCUCUUUCCUUUAUAGAUAAUUAGACUCAGGCAGAAACUCAGAGCUCUCAGGGCUUUGCUGUGCUGUGCUGUGUCAUGCCGUCCUGGGGCCCGGGGAACCACCCUGAGCACUUCGUGGAGUGUGUCCUUGCUCAGGCUUUUGCCUUGGGAUUGAACAGAAGCUGCUCAGUUCCUUCCACUUACCUCCUCUCUGUCUGAUCUUCCUUUUCCCAGAGCCUCAGUGCUUGAUGCUCAGUGCUCAGGAGAUGUCCUUUGCUCCAUCCUUCAGAGGGGCAGUUGUGUGGUUAUGCUGCCGGGUGAGCACAGACACACAUACUUUCUCCCCUAGCUGGGACCAUCCCACACGGGGUGCUCAGUAUGCAUGCCUCAUGAAAGCAUAGACUGUCCAUUUAAAAAUCAGGUACUCAUGGUAUUACAAUAUGCCAGAGGUUGGACAAAUGGAUUUUUUACCCUUUUUAAAAGUGUUAUGUAGCCGGGCGCGGUGGCUCACGCCUGUAAUCCCAGCACUUUGGGAGGCCGAGGCGGGCGGAUCACGAGGUCAGGAGAUCGAGACCAUCCUGGCUAACAAGGUGAAACCCCAUCUCUACUAAAAAUACAAAAAAAUUAGCCGGGCGAGGUGGCAGGCGCCUGUAGUCCCAGCUACGCGGGAGGCUGAGGCAGGAGAAUGGCGUGAACCCCGGGGGGCGGAGCCUGCAGUGAGCCGAGAUCGCGCCACUGCACUCCAGCCUGGGCGACAGAGCGAGACUCCGUCUAAAAAAAAAAAAAAAAAAAAAAAAGUGUUAUGUAAAAAAAAAAAAAAGGCGACUAUAUGUGGCCCACAUAGCCUGAAAUAUUUACUUCCUGACCCUUUUGUAGAAAAGCUCUACUGAUCCUUAUAGUAGUCAUUAAAGAUCAAAUUGUGUAGACAGGCACAACUUUUUUUUUUCAUAUACUCCAACAUUUUUUCAUACAGUCCAGCAAUUCUUUUAGAUUUUAGAGUAUCUUGCCUGUUCAUCUCAGUACACAGCUGCUGUUACAGAUUAUUCCUGAAUAAUGCUUUUGCGUUAAGAAAAAUUAUCCCCCUUUGCUGAUUGUCUACUUGUUAAUAAAUUGUGGGCAUAUGAUCAUAUCUAUUAGGGUAUGUAGUGAAAACUAAAAGUGCAGUCUUUAAAAGUACAGUCUUCAUUUUUAUGAAUCAGAGUGAACUUGACUGUAGUAGACAUUCCAUUAACAGCAGUUCAGCACAAACAAAUUACUCAUGAACUUUUAAAGCCAAGAAUAGUGCCUCUCCCUGAAAGUAUGCGAUGUGUUGUGUUACCCCUAGAACCCUUCAUUUCUCUUUUGUAUCAUAUACUUGGAGGUUUCUCACUCUUCAAGCUCUGGUUGUGAUAUGUGAACAUAAAUGCCUGGUGUUUGCCUGUUUGACUUUUGAGUGCAGACCACACAUUCUCUUAAAAAUACCAGCAUGUCUGUGGCAUCUUGUCAGGACACCAGCAGCUUUAGACAGAACAAGUUCAGGGCUCUCCAGCCCAGCCCGAGUCACCUGCUCGUUCUGAGGAGCCAUCCUUGUCACCUUGCCCUUCCUCCUCUUGCCUCUGCUUAUGCCGCCACCCCCCUUCCAGGAGGGAUAUUCUCUGGGACAGUCCCCACUUCCCCAGUGCAGCCCUGAAUACAAAUUUGUCACAUUAGAAGCAUUUUUCUCUCAAAACUCUAUUUUCCUCUAGUAUUUAGUUGUUGGGUUUAAAUGCUAUUCAAUUUAUCCACUUUUUUUUAACCCCAGUUUUCUGUGAUCUGCACCUCAUAGUUGUCUUGUAGCUAAAGCUGAGGUAUUUGGGAGCUAAUUUUUGGGAAAGAGACUAUACCAACAAGAUUUGCAUAAUUUUGUAUAUUUAUACCACAGGUAGGGAUUAUUUUUAAAGUCACUAUAUCUUAAGGUUAUUGAUUUCACUAGUGUGGUUUCUGCAUUCUAAAUAGUUCUCGGAGACUUAGUAACUGGUUUCAAAUACGUAUAUAUAAUAUUUAUACACACCACUGUGGAAUUUAUUUCACUGUGUAAAUAGUGAUAUUUUCCUGUUAAAAUACUUCUAUAGAAAGUAUUUAUUUUAACAAGAAAAUUAACUGUCGAAAGGGCUUUCCAAAAAGUGUUCUUUCUAGCCACCCAUCCUCCCCAGCUACCAUGCUCAACCAUUGAGCUCCAAAACAACAGUGAAAGCAGAAAGGUGUGGCCUUGAAACCUUCACUGUAUUUGGACAGAUGCAACAGAAGCGCGUCUCCCCCACUGUCACCCCGUCCCACAACAAAGUGGGACUCCCAUCGUGGGUAUGGCUGUGCCAGGCAUGUCAUCGGGUGUGCCCCACACAGCCUACUUCUUGCAUGCACAGUUGGUACAUUUAGCUGUAUGGCAUCGGGUGUGCCCCACGCAGCCUACUUCUUGCAUGCACAGUUGGUACAUUCAGCUGUACACUUAACAGCCUGUACAGGAAAAUGAGCCUUAGUUGUAGCUCCAAGGAAAUCCAAACCCAUGCUUGUAAGAUAUGGAGAAACCACUGGUUGCCUAGAGAAAGCAUUAAGGUGUAUUUCCAGUUCCCCUUUCAUGUUGGUGAAAGACACCUAUUCACACUCUAAUCAUGGGAGAUAAGCAUGUUACCUUCUGCACCUUGACUUUGCUCGUGAGCACCUGGCUCUCCUCUUCUUCCUCCUCCCCUCUCUCCCUGUCUCAGUGUGCAUCUGUGCAGAUGUGGGCCAGUCCCCCUGUAACCAGUGGUUACAGAAUGAUACCAUCUGUUCUAAGAUGUGGUCAGCUUUACUUCUCAGGAGUCCUGUCCUACAAUUCAGAGCACCCCUAGAUGGGAUGGAACCAGUGCUUUAUGAUCAUGUUCCUCUUCCCUGUGCCCUGUCCUUGGGCACCCCCAUGUUAGUCAUGAUCCUCAUUGUGCAGGGCUGGCUGGACUGAGAAUUGCAACUCCAGGACAGCAGGGAGCUUUGGGACUAGGCAUGCAGGGGUUUUGUCAUCCAUUUGAACCAUAAUUUGCAUAUUUUCUUACGGCCUCCCUUUGUCUUUUCUAAAUGAAUGAGGCAGACACUUGAACAGUAAUGCUGGAGAAUGUUUUUUCUAAGAGACUUUGUAAGCAAAUCUGAUUUUAAGAUGAAAUGUGAAUGAGAAACUAGGUGCCAGGGAAUUUAGCACUGAACUAGACAGUCAGAACUUUUUUAACUUUGCAGGAAGAAAUAAAUUUUGCUCUCGUCUAAAUGUUCAGAAGAAGUAAUGUUGUAAAUAGUUUUCUAAAAAUAUUUAUUACCUGUGCUGUAUACAAAUUCAUGUUCUGAGUGAUGUUGGUUAGCACUGUAGUGUUAUAGAAUAUAUUUUGAGCAGUGGACUUCCUUUCAUAACACAGUUCACACAUGGAGAAAGAACAAAAACCAGCAGGUUGAGAGCUGUUUGGGGCCUUUGAUCUGUAAUGUUACAUCAAAUCUAAGCUUUAACUGCCCCUUCUUCUCAUCUGGUUAUGUUAUAUUAUAUAUAUAUUACAUAUAUAUAUAUAUAUAUAUAUACACACACAGGUGUAUGAUAAACUGGUCAGUGGUCAGUACCCAGAUCUGCAGAGCAGAUUUCCAGGUGUUCUUUCUGAUGUGUUGCCCAUAAGCAAUAAGAUCCUAGGUAAACAUUUAUUCCAGGGCCCACAUUGGCCCUUGUCUCAGAGGAUAGGGUGGGGGUAGAACAGCUCUUGCUAAGACCUCUUGCCUUUGCUGGAGAGGUUGCUGUACUUGAAUUUUUGCUUCUGUUUGUCUGCACGCUCCUUCAUGUCAUAGAACUCUAGCAGUGGAUGAGAAAUCUGCCAGCACCAGACAUAUCAAAAUUGGGCACGUAGAUGGAAAAUUUUGCAAUUUUUCAUGAAUUUAUAGGGUUUCCAGAAUCUAGUUGAGGCAAAGCUCAUUUGGCUAUAGAGUGAAUGUAAGACUUGUUACCAUAGAAAUGUAAGUGGCCAGUUCAAUGUCCUUUGGCUAUAUUUGACCUACCUUUAAAACCUAGCCCAUUUCAUAUCAGCCUCUUCUGUGCCUGGGCUUGAAAUGUCUAAAGCUGCCUUCGUGUCUGGGAUUGCACCAUGUAGGUCAGUAUAAAGAGGGCAGUCACUCCUCCAUUUCUCCCAGCGUGUCCAAUUCAGCAGACUUCUAAAGCUGUUAAGCAGCCUCUCUUUUUGACCGUCCUAAACUUUGUGAAAAUAAAUACCCCACACCCAGAUAACCAUUAAUAGAAGUAAUGUAGUUUUUUAGGCUUUUGGAAUAUGUCUUCUCUUUUGUAUUUAUGAUGGUGUUUGGAAUUUUUCACUAGUGUUUUUUAGACUGAAGUGGGUGCAUUAGGAUAAAACUUUCCCUUGCUGAGCCUGAAGGCAAGCAAGAGGGAAGAAAUUGACCUGUAUUGUAUCAUUGGGGAGGUGACUACUUCUUGUGGUGGUAGGGGGUGGGGGGAAUGGGGCAUUGUAGAUUAUGUGAGGGUACAAUAGAAUUCUGGCCUGAGGCUCCCCAAGUCUUAUUACCGUGUAUGAAAAAUCCCCAUAUUAGCCUCACUUAAUCUCAAUAGAAGCCUGCUGUUUACCCUCAGGGAACAAGUAGUUUUCAAAAUUGAGCUCCUCCAAGGUCAUUGGCCAAUGCUGUGUGCAAGCAUUGGUCAUCUUUGUAAACUCAUGGCAUUAUUUCCUCAUAUGCAUUAUGAUACUAAGAAAUUCAACCCCAACCUGUAUGAAAAGCACAGCCCAGGGCCCUAAUUGAGGCUAGCAUGAAUGCCUUUGAGGGGCCAGGGGGCCAUAGGAGGCCCAUGCAAUUUAACUGAAGCUCAGGUGCCACGUUGGAUUUUUAUUCUUAUUAGGCUGCAACCUUUCUGAAUGAGUUUAGGGCAGGGGCUGCUGAUCCGGCUGUGGAUUCAGGGAGCUCUAAAAUGAAUCUCUACCGUUCCUUUAAAGGUCUUUCUGGUUCCUCCCAGUGUUGUCAUUGCUGAGGUCGAUCUCGUAGUUGUUCAGUUGUGCUCUUUUUGCUGUCUUGUGAGUCUUAGCCAGUGAUCCAGCUGCCCAAGGACAGGGCCUCCAGAGGGCCUAGUGCCCUCCUGGUACCAAGCGUGUGCUCCUGGCCUGUGUGACAGUGUCUUUCCAGAAGCAGUGAAAUGAGAAAUUCUGCAAGUGGCCACCCGGAAGAUCAGUCUGUAUCUCUUGGGCCUGGAUUUCUACUAUGUUAGUGAGUGUAGGAAUAUACUGUGUCUUUAAUGGAUGAAAAUUCAAUGUAUGCUGUGAAUUUGUUGGUUUGAAACAUUGAAAUUUUUCAUUAGACAAUGUUUACAUACCUCACCUGAAGAACCUUUGAGAGUGUAUAUAUAAAAUUUUAAAAUAUAUUAAGUUGCUUUAAAACAAUAUGUAUAGCUAUAAAAGUUGGAGUUAUUUUAACUUUGAAUAUGUACCAAGUCUCUUAAAUAUUGAAAUCUUGUAGACUUCUUGUGCUUCUGUGUUUUGCUUUCCUAUCAGGCCAUGUAGGAAACUGUGUUCUUGUUAUUGGUAGAGGGGCCCUCACUGAAAUCCAAGCUUGGAAGGAUUUCCUGUGUUGUUUCAGAUUCUCUUGUUUGGUUUUGAAGGAUGGGGUGUGGAGCCAGAGGAUGUGUGGGAGGGGUUUCUCUAACAUUGACUUCUAUUCCAUGAGCUAUUUCAAGGCGCUUAUUUUAUGGCAGCAUAUUAAACUUCUUUGAUAUUCAA